CAGAGAUCAGGUAUAAAGGCGCAAAUCCGUAGUCCACAUUGGUUAGUCUGAUCUGAUAGCUCUCGGACCGUGUAUACGAUGGCAUCCCUUGGUAACGACUCGCAAGCUGGCAUCUACUUUCAUCCAUUUCCGGAUCAGCCGGAUGAACGGACGCGCAACUGGCCACUGGUAGAUUCACUGUGGAAUGUGCCCGUCAUGCUGACCCUUUAUUUAUCUAUGGUGCGCUUCGCGCCCAAAUGGACAGCCAGUUACAAGCCGCUGCAGGUGAGAGUGCCAUUGUUCUGCCACAGCUUAGCCAUGGUGUUCCUGAAUGGAUACAUCUGUAUGGAACUCUAUACGGCAUCCAGGGAUCUUGGCUACAACAUCGGAUGUCAGCCAUAUCGGGUUAGCUUUAACCCACACGAAAUGCGGAUUGUGACGGCAUUUUGGUGGUUCUACAUUUCCAAAAUACUCGAAUUCGCGGAUACGGCUUUCUUCAUCCUGCGGCAAAAGUGGUCCCAGCUAAGCUUCCUCCAUGUAUAUCACCAUAGCACCAUGUUUAUCUUCUGCUGGAUUUUAGUUAAGUGGAUGCCAACGGGAGCGACCUAUGUGCCGGCCAUGAUAAACUCCUUCGUGCAUAUCGUCAUGUACGGAUACUACACACUGAGUGUACUAGGUCCUCGAGUACAGAGGUUCCUCUGGUGGAAGCGCUACCUAACUGGCCUCCAGCUGGUCCAGUUUACCAUUGUCUUCUUUUGGGCGUCGCAGAUGCUAAUCCGUGGAUGCGAAUACGGCACCUGGAUAACCUUGUCCAUGGCGCUCUACUCGUUGCCAUUCCUUUUUAUGUUCGGGAAAUUCUAUAUGCAGAAGUACAGGGUAUCACCAGUCGCCAAGAAGGCUAUAUAAAACAAAUUAUAAUUUCAUAAACAAAUCAAGCUAUGGUUCAUUUUAGUUGAACAACCCUAGCACACUUUUGUACAAUAUUCUUACCAAAUUGACACCGAAAAUAAAAGCUCGACCUUGGAUAUCAAUUAAAA